GAGCGCCGGCGGCCAUCCCGCGGCUCCGCAUCCCCGCAUCCCGCAUCCCGCCCGCAGCCAGGUUAUUCUGAGCAAUUCCAAAAAUACCCCUCAACAUGCCCGAAAAUCCAGCAGCAGAUAAGCAGCAGGUGCUGCAGAUCCUGGAUCGGCUGCAGGCAAAGCUGCAGGAGAAAAGGGAUUCCCAACACCAGGAAAACCUGGCUGUCCUAAGGAACACCCUCAGGAGCCCCUUGUUCAACCAGAUCCUGACUCUCCAGCAAUCCAUCAAGCAGCUGAAGGAGCAACUCAAUUACAUGCCUCCUGACCGCUCAGUGGAUUUUGAUUUUACCAAGCGGGGGCUCUUGGUGUUUGCUGACAAAUCAGUCACUGCUGGGACCCCUUGCACUUCACCUGGACCCAAAGCCUUCACUUCAAACCUGGGAGUCAAUGAAUUUAACAUGAUCAUCCAGAAAAUGGCAAAGGGAAGACAAAUAGAAUCAAUAACGAUUGAUAAACCUUCUGUUGGAGGUCUGGGAUUUAGUGUGGUUGCCCUUAAAAAUCCCAGCCUGGGAGAAGUUGGUAUCUUUGUCAAGGAGGUCCAGCCAGGAAGCAUAGCUGACAGGGAUCAAAGACUGAGGGAAAAUGACCACAUACUGGCCAUUAAUUGCACGCCAUUGGAUCAGAACAUUUCCCAUCAGCACGCCAUUGCCCUCCUCCAGCAAUCCACAGGAUCCCUGCAUCUGGUGGUGGCUCGGGAGCCGCUUCAAGGGAACAGCAGAACUGCCUUAUUAAGUGAUGUAAAUCCACCUGAGACUAUUCACUGGGGCCACAUUGAAGACGUUGAGCUGAUUAACGAUGGUUCAGGAUUAGGCUUUGGAAUUGUAGGAGGAAAGUCGAGCGGAGUAGUUGUAAGAACAAUUGUUCCUGGGGGAUUAGCAGAUCGGGACGGGAGGCUGCAGACAGGAGAUCACAUCCUGCAGAUUGGAGGGACCAACGUGCAAGGAAUGACCAGUGAGCAAGUUGCCCAAGUGCUGAGGAACUGUGGGAAUUCUGUCAGGAUGAUUGUUGCAAGGGACCCCAAGUGUGAAGUCAUGGAGGCUCCACCAGCUCCCCUGAGCUGGCCAGUCAGCACAUUACCUUCCCUUCAGAAUGGAAAUGAUAAUGACAACUUUUUUGAUACCUAUGACGUUGAACUUAUAAAAAAGAAUGGGCAAAGCCUGGGAAUAACAAUUGUUGGAUAUGCUGGCACAUGUGAUAUAGAACCUUCAGGGAUUUUUGUGAAAAAUAUAAUACCUGGUAGUGCUGCUGACCACAACGGCCAAAUUCACGUUCAUGACAAAAUUGUUGCUGUUGAUGGAGUCAACAUACAGAACUUUACCAACCAAGAAGUGGUAGAGGCACUGCGGAACACGGGACAGACUGUAUGGCUCACCUUGCUUAGAAGGAAGCCUUCCUUUGCUGUUUCUUCAGAAACACCAUCAGAGAGAGGAAGAGUCCCACUCCCUCCAGCACAUGAGCUGAAAUCCAAGUGGGAAAACCUGCUGGGACCAGACUAUGAAGUUAUGGUUGUGAAUGUGGAUAUGCCCUUUAAAGACGAUUCAGAGCUGCAGAAGUACUCCAAGCUGUUACCCAUCCACACUCUGAGAUUAGGAGUUGAGCUGGACACUUUUGAUGGACAUCAUUAUAUUUCAUCCAUUGCUUCAGAUGGCCCACCUGAAAUCCUUGGUGUCCUGCAACUGGAAGAUGAACUGCUGGAGGUAAAUGGGGUGCAGCUGUAUGGGAAGUCCCGCCGUGAGGCUGUCACCUUCCUGAAGGAAGUGCCACCCCCGUUCACCCUGGUGUGCUGCCGGCGCCUCUUCGAGGACGGCUCUGAGUCCCUGGUGGACGAGCCCCCCGUGGCAGCUGCCCCUCCAGAGCAGCAGGUGAAACCUGAGGAAGAGUUUAAUCCUGAGGAGGAAGAAGGGGAACUGGCAUUAUGGUCUCCUGAUGUGAAGGUUAUUGAGCUGGAGAAAGACAAAAAUGGUUUAGGAUUCAGCAUUUUAGACUAUCAGGAUCCCUUGGACCCAGCAGGAACAGCCAUUGUGAUCAGCUCCCUGGUGGCAGGCGGCGUGGCUGAGCGCGGGGGGCAGAUUCUGCCGGGCGACCGCUUGGUGUUCGUCAAUGAGAAACACCUGGACAAUGCCACCUUGGCAGAGGCAGUGGAAGUGCUGAAAUCUGUGCCCCCAGGUACAGUUUCCCUCGGAAUCUGCAAGCCUCUGGUGGGAGAAGGCAGAGAGGAGGAGAACAUGCACGGUGUGGAUGCCAGCAGCAUCAAAAGCAGCCCUGGGUCUCCAGAAGCAGCAGAUAACACAAAUUUCUCAGUAAUACUUGAAGCACCACAGGGUUUCAGAGAUGAGGUGCCUUUUAAAGAAGAACUCGUUGAUGAGCCCCAUUUGGACUUGGGAAGGUCAUUCCAGCUUUCUCAGAAGGAUGAUGACUAUGGGAAGGAGUCCUGGGAGAUGUGUGAGUUCCUGAAAGCCGGAGCAGAGGACGCGGAGGAGGAGCGGGAGAUGCUGGUGGAUGAGGAGUACGAGGAGGAUUCAGACUUCCUGAAAUGUGGAGAUGCUUCAGCAGAGAAGGCAGCUUCAGACAGGAGCCUGGACACAGAACGAUGGGCAAAGCAACUGGAGACUGCUGAAAUGCAGGAUUUGAGCUCCAGUGCUAGCCUAAGUCCCAAAGAGCCCCUGGAAUAUCCAUUCAGUAAAGAUCCAGUGUGUGAAGAGAAUGCUGCUAUAAGGUCACACUUUUCUGGAACCACAGUACACAGCAGCUACCAAAAAGACAUGUUUGAUACUGAAACUACCCAGUCAGAAGUGAAAACUGAGAUGGAUUUAGGGACAAAGCUUCAGAGUGACUCCAAAGAACUUGAGCCUGCUGUUGAUUCAGAAGCAAUUGGAAAGGAAGCACUAAAAGAGGAGAAUUAUGUGCUUCCCAAGAACCAGGAGUCUGGGAGAGCAACCACAUUAGCUCAGCCUAGAGCAGCAUCAGGCAGUGAAUUACCCGAGAGAGAAGAAGGAGAAGGAGAAGAAACUCCAAACUUCAGCCACUGGGGACCACCACGGACUGUGGAGAUCUUCAGAGACCCUCACGUGUCUCUUGGAAUCAGCAUUGUUGGUGGACAAACUGUCAUAAAGCGCCUGAAGAAUGGAGAAGAACUUAAAGGGAUCUUUAUCAAACAAGUGCUGGAAGACAGCCCAGCAGGAAGAACAAGGGCUUUAAAAACUGGAGAUAAAAUACUUGAGGUUUCUGGGGUAGACCUACAGAAUGCCACCCACGAGGAAGCAGUAGAAGCCAUCAAGAAUGCAGGAAAUCCUGUGGUGUUUGUAGUCCAAGGCUUGGCUAAUGUACCAAAAGUGGUUUCUCCUGCCCAGCCCAAGGGAAUCAGAGUCAGCAAAGAUCAGGAUGCAGACAAAGAAAAUAAGAAUGAUAAGAGAAAAUAUGGGGCUCCACCUCCCAUGAAGCUGCCACCUCCUUACAGAGCCCUCGAGAGCCACCACGCAGAGGAGGCUGCUGGGGAUGAAGAGGAGGAUGAGGAUGCUUGUGCAGAGGAAAAAAUCAGGCAGAGAUAUGCAGAUCUCCCGGGGGAAUUGCACAUUAUUGAGCUGGAGAAAGACAAGAAUGGGCUGGGGCUCAGCCUGGCUGGCAACAAGGACCGCUCCAGGAUGAGCAUCUUCGUGGUUGGGAUCAACCCCGACGGCCCCGCGGGACGGGACGGACGGAUGCACAUCGGGGAUGAGCUCCUGGAGAUAAACAAUCAGAUAUUGUAUGGAAGAAGCCACCAGAAUGCUUCUGCAAUCAUUAAAACUGCCCCAUCCAAGGUCAAGCUGGUUUUCAUACGAAGUGAAGAUGCAGUCAACCAGAUGGCUGUCACUCCCUUCCCACUGCCUUCAGGCUCCCACUCUGCUAUUGAGGACCACGGUGGCACCGAACCUGCAGGUGGUGAGGAGGACCCAAGUUUGGAAGUUGUCAUGAAAAGCCUGACUGAUGAGGGAUCCAACAAAGCUGAUGUGAAAUGUAAAGACACAGACACACCAGGGGUGGCAGAUCAGCAGGAGCCAGAGGAGCAGCUCCCAGAAAACGUGCUCAGCCAGCUCAAGCAGCCCAAAUCUUCCACGAAAGCCCCGGUGAGCUCCCAGGAUUUUCCCCUGGAGCCAGCCCCUCCUUACCUUUCUGCAGAAGCAGAAGUCACCACCCGUGGUGUCUUUCCAGCCCCACUGCCAGUGGAUCCAGCAACCUGUCCCAUAGUCCCAGGGCAGGAGAUGACCAUAGAGAUCUCCAAGGGUCGCUCAGGGCUCGGGCUCAGCAUCGUCGGGGGCAAGGACACCCCACUGGAUGCCAUCGUGAUCCAUGAAGUUUAUGAAGAAGGGGCAGCAGCCCGAGAUGGCAGACUUUGGGCUGGUGAUCAGAUUCUAGAGGUGAACGGGAUCGAUCUGCGCAGCGCCAGCCACGAGGAGGCCAUCACCGCGCUCCGCCAGACGCCCCACAAGGUGCAGCUGGUGGUUUACAGGAAUGAAGCACAUUACAAGGAUGAGGAAAACCUGGAGGUUUUCUCUGUAGAGAUCCAAAAGAAAACGGGCCGAGGGCUGGGGCUCAGCAUAGCUGGGAAACGAAAUGGAAGUGGAGUGUUUAUCUCUGACAUUGUUAAAGGAGGAGCUGCAGACCUAGAUGGAAGAUUAAUUCAAGGAGAUCAGAUUUUGUCUGUAAAUGGGGAGGAUAUGAGAAAUGCCUCACAAGAGACUGUUGCCACUAUACUUAAGUGUGCUCAAGGCCUGGUGCAUCUUGAGCUUGGGAGAUUGAGAGCUGGGUCAUGGCUGUCAUCAAGGAAAACAUCCCAAAACAGUCAGGCGAGCCAGCAGAGUGUCCACAGCCACUUCCACCCCGCUCUUGCUCCCGUCCUCUCCACCUUGCAGAACUUUGUCAGCACAAAAAGAUCCUCAGCAGACACAUCCCAGAGAAACUCAGCAGGAGCUGAUAUGGGCCCAAGGACUGUGGAGAUAACAAGGGGCCCAAAUGAUGCCCUGGGUGUCAGCAUAGCAGGAGGGAAGGGCAGUCCCUUGGGAGACAUUCCCAUCUUCAUUGCUAUGAUCCAGGCCAGUGGAGUGGCUGCUCGGACACAAAGGCUCAGAGUUGGAGAUCGGAUUGUCAGCAUUAAUGGGCAACCUUUGGAUGGGCUGUCUCAUGCAGAUGCAGUUAAUCUACUAAAGAAUGCUUAUGGGAGCAUUAUCCUGCAGGUGGUGGCUGACACCAACAUCAGUGCCAUUGCCAGCCAGCUGGAGAGCAUGUCCACGGGCAGCCUGAGCCUGCCCCCGGAGCACCCCGAGGAUCCCGAAGCACCUCAACCUAAGAUUAUUACAUUGGAGAAAGGCUCUGAUGGACUGGGAUUUAGUAUUGUGGGGGGGUAUGGAAGCCCCCAUGGAGACCUGCCCAUUUAUGUCAAGACUAUAUUUGCCAAGGGCGCAGCAGCCGACGAUGGACGGCUGAAACGCGGGGACCAGAUCGUGGCGGUCAACGGGGAGGCGCUGGAAGGAGUCACCCACGAGCAGGCUGUGGCCAUCCUGAAACGCCAGAGGGGCAUGGUGACCCUGACAGUGCUGUCCUGAGACCACCUGAGCUCUUCUAGGCCAUCAGUGGAGCUGUCAAACACUGCCCAGCCCGCAGCAGAGCCUGGCCAAACCUGGAUCAGCAUUCCUGCCGUGCAUCUCCAGCUUCAUUCUGAUUUUUUUCCCCACCCUCCACAACUCCUGGUGGCUUUGGAGUUUUUCUCUGGACAAGUUUAAUUAAGGAGCUUCCAAGGACAAGGCUCGUUCUGCUUUAUUUAACGUGGUCUGAACCCCGGUUGCGACUGCUGAACCUGGAAUCGAUUCACACAAAAGAGAAUUCAGAUCAUCAGCUGAUCUCAUCUGAGGAGCAGGAAUAAAUGCUGAGUGACUUGUCAUCUCACUCAUGAUUUACUUAUGCUAAUUGUUCUUUCAAGUAUGCCAGAAAACAUUAGCAAUGUAAUUAAAUUACCACUGUUCCAAAUGAUGAAAUAUCAAAUUCUCCUCUGGGAAAUUAUUUGUGCUCGGCACAGUAAGUCUGAUAGUCAAAUGUGAACUUCUCAUGUUUAUCUCUUUGGGUAGGUCUAUGGAAGUUAGUCAGAGGUAAUUACUGUGAUGUGUCAAUUUGCAGCCUUUAGCAUGAAAAAUAAACGAGGGGAGAGGGAAAUUUAUUUUUUUAGGCUUUUAAAAUGUUUGAGCCUUUUCAGAUAUUUAGGCAGCAUGAACAACAACAGUGUAGCUCAUUCUGUUCUAAUUCUAUUUUUUAAGAAGAAGUGUGCUGAUAUAUGCUAGGCAUGUUGCAUACAAAGGCAGUUGUUGUCGUGCCAAGCUGCAGCAUAAUUGUUCAUCCUGAAACUUCCAUGAAGACAAAAAGUUUGCUUUGGGAACGUGAUCCUGGAAUUCCAGGAAUGAUGGUGAGCAGUCCCUCCAGCUCCAUGGAGUUCAUUCAAACUGAUGCACAUUUCCAGGAGUGUCCCCAGGAGCAGGCAGUGCAGGAGAGGCUUUUGUGGAUCGUGGAGGAUGCUCCUCUCUUUGGGUAACACCAGGCACCACCAGGAUGAUCUCCCACAGCAGUUUGGGAUGAAGUUUCUCAACCCCCAGCCAAUUUUUUGGGGUUUGAAACCCAUGAGGACCCACUCUGGGUCAGUCCCACAGUGGAGAUUGGCUUUCUGUUCCUAAAUCACAGCGUCCUUGCACAAAGGGCUCUGGGAAUGCUGCAAUUCCAGGGAUCUCCUCUUCCCCUUUGUGCUGGGUUGGUAAAUAAAUAAUGGACAGGAAGGAAGUCAGGCUGGGGUGUAUCCAGCCAUAGGGUGUGGAAAAGUAGUCAGAAUACUGGAAAAGGGGAAGGAAAAGGGAAGGAAGCAAAGGUGGAAGGGAAAGGAAAGGGGGAAGGAAAACAAGGUGAGAGG